AGCACGAUGGGAGGCGCCUGGAGAGGACGACGAAGAAAAGCAGCGCUCCUCCUCGUCGCGGGACGGGCCUGGGCCGCGAGCAGGGAACGCUGCGACUACACGACCCCCGCCGGCGUCGACUGCACGACGUGUCCGAGAGGGAGAUUUAGGCCCAUCGAGUACGGCGCCGAGUUGGGAACGGCUCGACGGGAAUGCAAGGAGUGCCCGCGCGGCCGUUAUGAAUUGGAGGCCGGCGCGGUCGGCGAGUGCUCGGGCAAGUGCCCACUGGGCAAGUACUCCGACACGCUCGGCGCGAGGACCGAGGACGACUGCAAAUAUUGCCCGCCCGGAACUUAUGGAAGCACGGAGGCGUUAGGUAAUAGAGCCUGCACGGCCGAAUGCCCCGCGGGAAGGUACAGCCUCGAGCCCGGUCUGUACGCGGCGACGCAGUGCAAGCCCUGCCCGCCGGGGUUGAGGACGGGCCAGUGCGAGGACCCGCACAUCACGCGGAAAGGCUUCUUCGACUCCACCAGUGGUGAAAUUAAUGAGAAUGCACACGCGUAUAUCAUCGACAACGAGGCCGUCGCGCGGCCGGGCGACCGGUCGCCCUUCGACUUCGGGCCGAAGGACACGCCUUCCGGAACAUUCUGGGUCGGCGCCGGCGGGUUUGUGGGAGGCAAGCAGGCCGAGGGCCGGCCGAACCCGGAUCGAGAACAACGCUUCGACCCGAUCCACAAGACGUGGAACCCGGCCCUGGAGAACACGGCGGGCCGCACGAAUCGCGUGUUCGACAACGAGGCCGGGGCCGACUCGGACACGCGCGGGAACUACGAGGGCUGGUAACAU